CAAUUUGGGGAAAUGUUAGAAGGGCAAGAAAAGUGAAUGAAAAUGCAAAGGGAAAUUUGACGACGAUGAGCUGAGCACAGAGGCAGCGAGGGAAGACAACCCACUUUCGUCUUCAAAAUUAUAUUCUAUCUGAUCUUUUUCACGAACCCUAAUUCUCUGAACACGCGCCACGAUGUAUUUGAAGAAGCCAUUGUGGAGCGAAGGGAUCGAAGCUGUGAAACAAGAUUCAACUGGAUCAUCAUCAAAUCCAAAUGGUGCGGUGUCGGAACUCGUUAACUCACUACAACAACAAAGGGUAUAUAGGGAAGUCACUCUUGCUCUCACAACUGGUCUCAGAGACGCACGUGCCGGUUUCUCUUUCCUCCGUCUCCGUGCUCUCCGUUCCAUUCUCAAUUUUCUCCGUUACGUUGCUCAAUCCGAUUCUACUAUUCACCUCUUUAACCAAACCCAAUCCAUUCCCCAUCUCCAAGUGGUUCCGGUUCUCUUUCAGCACUCGCUAAAGGAAAUAGGGAAUGAUUACAAUUACAACAGGGUAGGAGAUAUGAGUCAUAUAUUUGGUGUGGAACCUAUGAAGUUAACAAGUCCGUCCACAGAUGAUGAAAUUGCACUUGCUCUUAGAGUCUUGGAAGGUUGUUGUUUGCUUCAUCCACACAGUACUGAUCUUGCUCAUCAACACAAUGCUGUUCAGGUUUUGUUGAAUAUAUUAUCCACCCGAGGAGUUCUGGAGCAAAGUGCAUGCUUAGAUGCUUUGAUCUCAUUGAUGGUGGAUUCAUCACCCAAUCAAAUGGAUUUUGAGAAAUGUAAUGGGAUUAUGGAGGUUGCUGACCUUAUAAGAGACAAACAAGUAGAUGAAAAUCUCAGGUUAAAAUGUGGAGAGUUUUUGCAGCUGCUCAUUGGACAUGUCAACGGAAGAGAUGCACCUCCUUUGGCAACUAUACAUGAAGACACAAGGCGUCUCCUAGGGGAGACGUCAGCCUCCUUGAUAUGGGCUGCCAGUCAGUUUGGCUCCACGCUGGAUCCAGAACAGAGACUAACUGCUCUCCAAAUCCAGGCUCGCAGGAUCUUAGAAUCAUUGGACUUGUAUUGAAUGUUACAAAAAAUAGUCAUGCAAUUGUAGGAAAUAAUUUUAGAGAAUGUCUCUUUGUUUUAAGUUUUUGUAUGUAUGUUAUCAUUUCUUUGAGAGACAAAUAAUCCUAAUUGUAAGUGCCCAAUGGAAAUUUUUUUCCACCAGAAUUAUACUUACUCAUUCUAUACUACCCCCAAGGGAAAAAUGUACCAUAACUAUAUUGUAUUAACGCAUUCUGUACUUUUAAGUAGAA